GGAAAAGGCUGAUGGAACUGAUGGAGUGGAUGGGAUGGAUAGGAUGGAUGGGGCAGGUGAGCAGAGCCCCAUGCGCAGUUUUGGUCCCCUUUGUUCCAGGGCAGAUGCAUGAUGAUGCUUUGUAGGACCAUGUGUCCUGAGCCCACAUCAUGGCAAAGGCUUGGGUUUACAUGGAUGGGAUCCAGCCCCAGGUUGGGCUGCAGCCAAAGGGAAAUGCAUGGGGGCAAUGCUCACAUUUUGGGGCUGCACAUAGCCCUGGAGGAACCACACUGUUACCUUCAUCCCUUGCAACAACCCCCUUCUCACACCCCCUUUCCCUGCUUGCACCCCAAAAAGGACUGUGGGGAAAGAGACCCCUUUCAUUGAGCAGCCCCUGGUCUGGGGCCACCCCACUGGGAGGGGGCCAUGGUGGGCUGAGGGCUGCCUGUCCCUCUCCAGCCUCCCCCUGCUCCCUCCCCAAUACGGCCCUAAUGAGAACAAGCUGGUCUGCUGCGCUCACAGCCAGUGAGCUCAGGGCUGCGGGUGGAGGAGGAGGAGGAAGAGAAGGAGGAGGAGGAGGAGGAGGGAGCGGGACCAGGGCUCGGUGCGGACAGGCAGAGAAGAGCAGGACAGACACACGGUGCCAGUGAGGGUGAUGGCGGUGCAGCUGCCUGCGUGCUUUCUGUUGGUGUUUCUGGUGGCCCCGGUGCACUUGGCAGCCCCACGGCAUGUGGCCGUGUUCCACGAGCCCAGUGGUGGCAGCGGGGAUGGAGAGGAGGCCUCUGCUGUGCCCCCUGCCCAACCUGUGACGCCGGGGAGCGGCCCCACUAUAGGGGAUGCAGCGGGGACAGCCGUCACCAACAGCUCUGCGCCGGGCAAUGUCUUGGAUGGGUUGGUGGCUUUCUUCAAGGAGUACAUGCUGCUGGUGGUGGUUGUGGGCUCGUUGGCCUUCGUCUUGCUCUUCAUCAUCUGCGCCGCCGUCAUCGUGCGGCAGAAGCACAAAGCUUCAGCCUACUACCCGUCCUCCUUCCCCAAAAAGAAGUACGUGGACCAAAGGGACAAGACCGGAGGGCCUCGGGAUUUCAGCGAGGUGCCUGACAAGGCUCCGGACCCUGAUGCUGAGGAGCCCCUGGACUCUGGCCGACAGCUGCAGGCUGAUAUAUUGGCUGCAGCCCAGAACCUCAAAUCUCCCAGUAAAGCACCGUUGGCCAAUGGGGCCGGUGCCCAGGGAGAGCAUGAGGGCAGGGAGGAAGAAGUCAGCAAGCACCCCGCUGAGCCCCCUCCCCAGAAUCAAGAUGCUGAAGGAGUGGGACCGGAGGCAACAAGCGCAGAGGGCAAGGAGGCCCAAGAUGGCUCUCCCAGCACUUAAUGCCAACCAUGGACUCAGAGCCGGGCUCCUGGCUGCCCUGCUCACCACCCACCCGAACGUGGAGGCUCAAGGAAGCCCCGAUGAAGCCCCACUCCCCCUCCUAUGCCUCCCCCCGACCCCAUGCAGCCAUGGGAGGCCAUUUUUGAGCCGCGCUUUGGGCUGAUGCGGUGCUCAGUGCAGCCAAACCCAUUGCUUGUGCUUUCUCCAUGGGUGCUUUCCUUGGAUUCCCCCCAAAAAUAAAGAGAAAAGCCCAGGCUGGGUCUCCCCACCGUCCUUGCACAGCUUUCUCGCAGAUGUUAUUUUCACUCAUUAUUGCAACCUGGCCCACACCCAGGCAAUAGGGCAUGGAGGAAACAUGACCCAUGACUUCAUGACUGCUGGUAGUACAGACCUUCUAUGGGGGCCCGGGGACAUUGCAGACCCCUUGGAUUGAUGAGGGGGUCAGCUGCUCCCAUCCUCCUUUUCCAACCCCCAACCCUGCAGUGCCUGGUGGAGAUUGGAGGCAUUCUAGAUGUGUUUUGGUGAGAAAAAGAAAGGGAAAACCUUAGCCAACCUUAGCAGGAGGGAAGAGGAUGCAGCAACAAUGACCCCGUCCUUUUGUUUGCAAGCCCUGAAUGUCACAGACCCCUCAGAAAGCACAGCAAAUGGAUCUCAGAAAGGAGCUGGACUUUUGCCUUAUUUUCUUAACCCCCUUUGCUAUGAAUAAAAACAUCUACUAUGCACAUUU